AUGCCUUUUUCAGUAGGAUAUACUGUGAAUUCUUUUGGUAAAAGAAUUAGCACCACAACGAUACAAAGAAAUCCGUACAAUCAUAGUACGAGGCUUAAGACCGCGGACGGUCGAGACGUAUUACCGAAUUGUGAUAAACGACGCCGGGGACGCUACAUCAUGGCGUCCACCGACACAUCGACCACCAGCAGUCAAAUAUCCGCCGUAGCAGCUGAUGAACACAAGCGAACCGUCGACGAAGCAUUCUUGAACAAGAUGAAAGGCCUCGUCGAAAGGUUAAGGCUAGAUAACACAACCUUGAAGAAGUCGCUUGACAUCGAGCGGAGCGAGGUCCGAGCGCUUAAGGCCCGCCAUGAGAGCAUAGUCAGAAACUUAAAGACUGAAUACAAAAAGAAAGAAGAAUUUCUAGAAAAACAGCUAAGAACUGCAAAACCCGAUAAAGUAGACACUACACAGAUAACGGAGAACAGAUUAGUUGAAUUAAAGAAAUUAACAAUAGAAAUUGAGUCUUUAAAAACAGCGAAUAAGGGUCUUCAAGAAAAACUCAAGGUUGCGCAGGCGGCGGAGUGCGCACGUGCGGCGGAGUUGCGCGCGCAAUCGGUUAAGCACGCGGCUCUAGAACAAGCCGCGCGGAAAGACACGAGAGCACAGUGCCAUAAACUGCUGGAGGAAAUUAAAUCGAAAGAAAGGGUGAUUAUACAGCUGAGGCGGCAAGUAGCGCGGACGGCGAUUAACCCACAAAAUGAUCAGACGCAGAGAAUGGAUUGCGGAGCCAAUGAGCUGGGCAGGAAACUGCGAAUUGAUCAGGGGAAAGAUAAAAGCAACCGAGACGAUCUGAAAACAGAUAUACAACACAGAAAAGAAACAUUUUAUAGAGAGGCUCCGUCGGACGAAGACUCAGCCGUGUCGUCCGGCCCUGCUUCGCUGUCUCCCCAACCGCAAAACGACAUGUGGUCAUGUGGCCAAUGCCGUUCGUCGGCGGAGCGCGCGUCGGCGGCUGCGCGGGAGUGCACGCGACUCUCGGACGCGCUGCGCGACGCGCGCGACCAGCUCGAGCUCAUGGAGUUCAGGCUGUUAGAGUUAGAAGACGCUCAUCCCGACAAGGGUGCGCGGGACACCCUGACAGAUUCGGACUCAGGUUGUGUGUCCCCAGGCUCUCGUAUCAAGGACUCCGCUUCACCUGAACUCAAACGAAUGGAUUCCGGAUAUAAAUCCCCCCACGCUCCGAGCAGUCCCUGUAAUCCGCGAAGAAACCUGGGAACUCCACACGAUGACUUCAAAGAAGACUUUGCAAGAGCGCAAGUACUGGCUGACAUUUUGGACAAAACUUCCGAAACAACCAGUGAUUCUUUGAAAAGCAACCCCGUCAAAGAGCAUUUGGAACAGAUGAUCUUAAAUGCUGCAUCCGCGGAGGACAGGGCCUGUUUGGAACAAGUUCUUAUGCUGCUAUACAACCUGCAAACGUUGAGUAGUUCUGUCAGUGAAGACGAGUGCUAUCAGACUAAACCUCGCAGAAUAAGUGACUUGAGAUUCAAACAAGAAACUGACAUCUCCCAGAAAACUCAAAAGGCUGUCGCGACAGUAACACCGUAUCAACAGAAAGGAUAUAAAUGCGAGUCACUUGAGAGCCUCUGUAGCGACGAAAGAAAACCGAUUAAUAUUUUACAGGAAAGUGGUAUCUUUGAAGGUGUCGAAACAGAAUCAAAGAGUACUCAAACAGAUGUAAACGAUAGCUUUGAAUGUAGCGGUGAGCUAAACACCGAAAUACAACGACUGAAUAGUAUAAGAGAAAAAUUAGAGAGACAAGGAGUUAGGAAUAGGACAUUAAAUACGAAAGAAGAUGGAGAUGGCCUGGAGUGUAGGUGUGUGAAGUUAGGAAAGAAACACAAACAGUAUUACGAAAGAAGGCUUAAGUUUUUGGAGGGUAAGAUCUCGAUCUACGAAGCGGCACAAGACGUCAAAGAGGCAAAGCUUGCACAAAGAUUGCAGAAAGAGUUUCUCCUAGAAAAUCAAAUACAGGAACUUGAAACACAACUUUCAGAGUUACAAGAGAAGUACGAGAGAUUAGAGGAAGAUUGUUGUGAACUAGAAGAAAUCGAAAAUGACACCCGUUUACAUUGGCAGCAGCUUGAAAUGGACUAUGAGCUUUGCUCAGCACAAUUAAGAGACAUGACUGAGCAAAGAGAGUGUUCGCGGGCCCAAGCCGAACGGCUGCUGGGCGAGCUUAAAAAUAGAGAAUGUGCUUUGAGAGCCAGAGAGACUGAAUUACAAAAUCGCUUACAUAAAUUGGAGAGAGCAGUGCCCGCAUUGAUUGCAUGGAACGUUGUCCAAGUUAUUGGUGCGGACUUAUCAUGCGGUGGCAAGCGAGCUCUGAUGGAACGCAUGAGCGGGUACAGUCAAAACACUCGACAAGUCGUUGCACAGAUCCGGCAAGAGAAGCAACAACUGCAGGCUAAGUGUGGUGCCUUGGUUGCGUGGAACGAUAUCACUACCUCCUCCACGCCUAACACCAAGCAGUUACAGGCACAAGUCACUUCCUUAAUAUCAGAGAAAAGACAGAUAGAAACAAAAACCCAGCAAAUACAGCGCAGUCUAGAAACCAGGAUAAGAGAGCUUGAAGAGCAAUUAGAAUCAACAAGGAACCAGAUAAAAGCCACCGCCGCCGGAGCUGAGUGCAAGAAGGAAAGAAUUGAGGAGAAGAUCAGCGAGCUAGAGAAGCAGCUAAGAGGAGAACGUGCAAAUGAAGAUAAACCGGCGGAUCCUAUGAUGGGUAUGACGAUUCGAGCUCUCCUGGUAAGCGAACAGGAACUAAAGAACAGAGUAGCAGAAUUACUGAGAAGAGAGGCUGCAUACUUAGAGAUGCUAACACAAGCCGAUGACAUGUGGGCAGAAAUGGAGGGAGGUUAUAAGAAGAAAAUAAACGAAUCACAAGCCGUUGAGACGCAGUUGAAAGGACAUAUAAGAAAACUAGAAGGUGAACGUGAUCAAUGGAAAAAGUAUUUUGACCCGAUGAAGCAAAAACUUAAAGAAUUAGAAGAGUCAGAAUCAGGAAUGAGAAUUUCAUUAGAAAAAGCCGAAAGAGACGCUAAAGCUUUGAAGGAACAGAAUGCUAGCUUACUUGAAAAGUAUGCUCAAGCAGAUAGUGAGACUAAGAAAUCAGAGGCUGCAGUCAGAACCCUAAAUAAUAAAUUUAAGGCCGAAGUAGAUGAACUGCGUAAGUUGAACAAAGGUUUGGACGAGGAACUGCAGACUACGAAAGAAACUGUAAAAAAGGUCGAAACUAGGUACUUAGGAGACUUGGCGUCCAUCAGAAAGGAAUUGAAUCGAAUGUAUAAGAACAACCAAGAAUUAGAAGUCAACAACGGUGAAUUGAAGGAGGAGGUGGAAUCUCUGGAAAAACAGCUUGCUUUGACGCAGAAAGCUUUGACACAAUGCAAGAGGAAAUGUGACGAGAAAGUUAAGACUUUAAGUCAUGAGCUCUCAAUAAAAACUGAAGAGCUAGAAGAAUUAAGGAGUGAAACCAUGAGACAGUCGUUCCACGCAUCUCGAGUAGAAUUAAAGCCAGAAAAAACUGAAUACAUAGAUGAAGGUUAUUCGGUUUAUACGGCCGUACCAAAGAAGACAGAUUACGGGAGAAUGCAUCACAGUAUGAGUUACAUAACGUCGGAAUCGCGUUGCUCUUGUCCCUCAAUGAGGAGUCAACUGGUCGGGCAACUAAUAGAAGAUUUGUUCGAGAGAGUGCAUAAUACGGUUGAUGACGACUUGGGCAGAUUGUGCAGCGAGAUGAGCCUAAGCGAUAGUAUAGAUGUGACUGUUGAAACCAAAGCGAAAAUUACAAAUUACCUCUUAAUGGCUAUAUCAAAGGAGCUCGUUAGGUCAAUCGGGGAUGCUGAUGCUAAGACUGAUACAGAGGAGUGGCAGCGCGCGGCUUCGUCUCCGUACGGCGCGGCGUACAGCGGCGCGCUGGGCGCGGCGGUGGCGGCGGCCGGCAACGAGCGCGUGCUCGCCGGCGCCGCGCGCCUCGCCUCCGUCACGUGCGCCUGCGCCGCCGCGCGCCUCGCCGCCGCGCGCCCCGACCUCGCGCACGCCGUCAACCUUUGUCAGCAGGAAGUUCUAGAUCACGGCGAUGUUAAAAUUAUGGAGGAGCAAUUAGCGAAUGCGAUCGAAAGUAUUGUUAAUUGUCCAUCUUGUGCGUUGGGCACAAAUGCGAUAGUUUGGAGCACGGACGUCUAG